CUUUAUUGAGCGAUGGAUGAAGGAAGAUGAAAUUGAGGGUGAAGAAGUUGACUUAACAGGUGCCGUAAGUGGUACUGAGGUGUCAACAGGAAAGAGUGAAAAGUUUAUCUCCACUGUCCAAAACCUUGGAUUAACAAAAGAAACAGCCGAACAGCUGUUUUCCACUUUACCAAUUGAAUAUAUUGAUCUGCAAACACCAUCCUACUGGAUAAUAAGAUACAUCACAAACAUCAUUGAAUCCCAUCCUGUCUUUACUAACGUUCCUAGAUACAUGUACUCUGAGGAUAAAAUAGGGGAGUGGUUUGAAGAAAAUAUUGAACUUACCGAGACCAAUGAAAUGAGAGACACAUCAACAUUUAAGAUUAAAAUGAUCAAUCACGAUUCAAGUGCAAAAAGCAAAACAGCGGUAGAUGAAUUUGUAGAGGAAAUCCAAACUGAAGAAAACUGUGAAGUCCUUUUCCAUGGAACUGAUCACACAAGUGCUAAAUCGAUUAUAGAGGAAGGAAUACUAAUUUCUAAAGGCAAGAAAUACCAAGAUUUUUCCUCUUAUGAUGGAUUCUACUUGUCAGAUUCGUAUGAAAAAGCACUUCAAUGGUCUUCUAUUGGUAGAAAACACCAUCAUGCAGUUUUGGUGUUUAAAAUUCAGAAGUCCUUACUGGAGGCUGAUGGCGUCAAACGGUUAGAUCUUUCUGGUGAUAAAAAAGGAUGGGAAGAAAUUGUACAAUUCUGUCGAAAAGGUUGCAGCUAUCAGAAAACGAAAAGGAGAUUGCUGGGUGGAGUUGAGUUUAUUAAAGGGCCGAUGUGUCUCAAUGGUAGGGAUGUGGCCAAGGGAAAGAAAGCACCAGGUGUUGGAGGCACAGAGAAUUAUCAGAUAUGUGUCAGAGAUGAAGAUUAUGCUAAAAUGUUUGGCAUGGUUGAAAAUAUCGCUGGCAUUGUUUUUCUGUAA